AUGUCGUGGGCCGCCACGGCGGGGCGGAAACUCCAAGGCGAGCUCAAGCGCUGCCGCGAGGAGAGCGCUGCUGCUGCCUCCGCUGCCGCCGCCGCCGCCGCCGCUGCCGCUACUGCUGCUGCUGCAGGCGUUCGGACGCAGAUGAUGGCAGACGAAGGCGUGACUGCCGCGACGCAACGUUUUCUUCCAGGGGGGCGCUUCGAGGCGAACAGAGACGACCAUGUCGAUUCCGCGUGGACCCGGAGUGUCAAACCCCGGGUCGAUGCUGCAAGCAACGCGCAAGCCUUCCCCGCAUCCAUAGCGUCCGCAAGCCGAGUUCUUCCGCCACCGUCCGGCGCCCUCCCCAACGCCUCCGCUGCCGCCGCCGCUGCAAGCGCGGACCUAGACCUCGCCGUUCGCCUAUUCCCAUCGAUCCGGGCGUUCUUGGGUGCGGGUUCCAGGACCGUUCUUGCCGGGCCGGAAUCCGCGGCCGACACGGUGGUUGCAGGGUCGUCGUCGUCGGUGGCUGCGGCAGCGGCGGCAGCUGCUGCGUCCAUGGCGUCUGCUCCCUCCGCGUUCUUCGCGGAUCCUCGUGAGGCGCGCGUCCCGUCCUCGCCGUCCUCAUCCCCGCUGCAAGCAGCUGCCGCGGAUGCGACAGUCGCAUCUGCCUCCCGCGCCGCAUUCGCGCAGGCGCAGCGACCUCCCGCGCAACUUGCAGCAUCUCCAUUCCCCGCCUCCUCCGCCAUCCUCCGCCACCUCCUUUGUUCCCACUCGCAAUCCUCCGUCGCGCUCUCGUCCUCCGCCCAUGGUCGCGCAACCCUCGCUGCCGCCGCCUCCGCGUCGGCCUCCCCGUACGCGGCCGCCGCGGCGAGCAGCAGACCCGGAGUCCCGGGGCCUGUCGCGUCGCCAUGCGCGUCGUCAGCGUCGCCGUCGUUGGCGCCGACGUCCUUCUCGCUGUCGCACUCGGUCGCGUCCGCGGGAUUAACAGGCCCAGCGCGCAGUGGCGCGCAGGGGAAGAAAUGGGGUUACUCCGCGAGCGGGGAGGUGGACAGGGAGGAGGCGUGCAUGGCGCAGUGUGUCCCGGGGGAACGGGCGUCUGGGUGGAACAUGCAGGAGCAAGUAGUGCCCAGGAGCACACUCGCGCGCUCCAGACUCGCUCAUUCACCUAUGGAUCGCGCCACUGCUGCUGCUGGUGGAUUCACAGUAGGAGCCGGUGCUGCUGCGGGCGUCACCAACAACACUGCUGCUGCCACUGCGGCUGGUGGUGGUGCUGCGGGUGCUCCUUGUCCUAGAGCCGCUGCUCUGGCAUCUGUCCUUAGGACUCGGCUGCCUGGUUACUCCCCAUCUCCCGUGCCAUUUGCGUCAACGCUUGCUUAUUCUCCCGCGGCACCUGCUGCUCUCGCCGGUGGUUCUCGCUUCGCUUCGGCACCCUCUGCCAUCCCUGCUGCUGCUGCUGCUGCACCUGGAGCCAUGGCGUCAGCGCAGGAGGGAGCGGAGCGCAAGGCGAUGCGCAUGCUCACGCCAAGCAACCCAGCUGCAGGUGGGGUGAUGGCGGAGAGGAGCAAGGAGGAAGGUGUGUUCGGCUGGAUGUACGGAGGCGGUGCUGGGCCAGAGCACCUGCAGGCUCUGCUGGGGUCCAUGGCACGGAGAGUGAGCGAGGAGCAAGGGCACGGGGUGGAAGCGAAGGAUGAGUCCUUAACGGGGAUCAUUCUGCCAGAUUCUGGAGUGGUUUCACCUGAUACGGAUGCUCCUGGAGGAGGAGGUGGAGCAGCAGCAGAAUAUGGAGCAGCAGCAGUGGCAUCAGUUGCUGCAGGAGCGGCAGCAUCGGUGGGAGCAGGGAAGAGUACCGGUGUGACUGGGGAAGGGCAGGGCGACUCCGAUGUGCUUCUUGAUGCGAUGCUGGAUGGGCUCUGCGACCUUCUGGUUCCUGAUUGGCAACCGUCUGCCUCUGCUGCUCUCCCUCCCGUUGCCGGAUCCGAUGCUGCUGCUGCAUAUACCCCUGCCGCCGCACCUGCGGAGACUGCAGCGGCUGCUGGUGGUACGGCAGGGGUUGUGGCGCCGUCUGAGGUGCCGGCGGAUCAGGAGCAGCUGCAGUUUGUGGCAGCUCUCUUCGAGCAGCACCAGCAAGGGCAGGAGCCGCAGGAAGAGGUGCUGGCAGUGGCAUGGGAGCAUGGGAUGCAGAAGGAGCGCGAGUGGAUGCCGAGUGCAGAAGCAUUCAAGCACACAUUUGUGGAUCCCUCAGAUCCCAGUCCCUUAUUCUCCUCGAAUCGCCACCCGAACACCAUGACUGUGAAGCGAAGGAACGGAGGUCGCAACAAGCACGGGCGCGGGCACGUGAAGCCCAUCCGCUGCUCCAACUGCGCCAAGUGCUGCCCCAAGGACAAGGCGGUGAAGCGGUUCCUAGUGAGGAACAUUGUGGAGCAGGCAGCAGUCAGGGACGUGCAGGAGGCAUGCGUCUAUGAUGGAUACGCGCUGCCGAAGCUGUACGCGAAGGUGCAGUACUGCAUCUCGUGCGCCAUCCACUCGCACGUUGUCAGGGUGCGCUCGCGCCAGGCCAGGCGCAUCCGCGAGCCGCCCAAGAGGCCCGGGCGUAAGAUGGACGACCGUGGCAAGCCUGGUGCCCCUGGCGCGCCUGGUGCUCGCCCGGGUGCCCCCGGUGCCCCUGGGACCAGCAUGGCGCAAAGCGCGACGCUCGCGCGCGUGGCACUUUCUCCCGCCGCGCAAUCGCCGCUGCCGGGGCCCGCGGGGCUUCCACCCCACCUUCCUAACCUCCUCCCCCUUGCUCCCUUCCGCCUUCUCCCAUUCCCCAUUUCCCCUUCCUCCCCGCCGCCCUCCCGUUCCCUCCCGUUCCCCCGUUCCCCCUUCUUCCUCUCCCGUUCCCCGCGCUCCCCCCAGUCAAUCCGCGUGCCGCUCUCCCCCGCCCCGCGCGCCCCAGUGCGGCAGCUGCUGCUCUCCCCGUCCGGGCGCUCCCUCGCGCUGCUCUCACCCUCCGCCCUCGCCGUUGCGGACGUCUCCUCCGCUGCUGCGCGCCUGCGCACACAGGCGGGCAAGGCGGGACUGGGGGGAGAAAUUCGCGCUGAUGAUGCUGAUGCUGUUCCAUGUGUGCGGGUGGCGGACUUCCAGGGGGAGGCGGUGCACGUGGUGCAGGCGGCAUGGCACCCCCUCAGUGACGCGCACAUCGCCCUCCUCACCUCCGACAACGUCUUCAGGCUGUACGACAUCUCAGCAGCCGCCCACUCUGCAGCCACCGCCCCACAGCAGCGCGCAUCAGCCACGGCAGCAGUGGAGCAGGAGUACGUGCUGCAGCCCGCCACGUCAGCUGCCACGUCAGCUGGUGCAGCGGCAGGCGCAGGGAGUGCGGGGGCGGGGUCGCCCGGUGCGUGCGUGGGGUUUGCCUUUGGCGGUGACCACAUCUGGGAGCGCUUCUCUGUCUUCUUCUGCUUUCAGGACGGAUCCAUAUACGCGCUCUGCCCUCUGCUUCCCUUCAACUCGUGGGUGUCUGCGAAAGCCAUUGCAGAGCUAAGGGCGGACGCGGACUGCUGCUCCCUCUCCGCCCCUGCGCGCACACACGCGCUCCUCGCCUCCUCCUGGCUCUCCCACUCCUUCCCACAACCCCGAACCCCUCCACACCGUGCACACUUGCAACACUCCUCCCCCUCCCCGGAUGCCGCUGCUGGCUCUCGGCUGAUGAUGCUGGGGGCGGGGCAGGAGAGGGAGCAUGCAGGGGAGGGUGGGGGUGAAGGACCUGGGCUCGUGAAAUCUGCUCGCUACGCCAUUGGGAGCUCAUCACUUGUACUGCAGGUUGGUGGGGGCCCCUUUCCCACCAUAACCGGAGACGACCCAUCCCUCCUCCGCCUCUUCCCCCCCUCCAUCUCCCCCGUCGCUCCCCUGCUGCGUGGCGCUAACAGUGGUGGGGCAGGACAGCGUGCUGCUGGUGGGGGAGAGGGGCGGGACACUGCCCGCGCGCCCUCCCUUCUCAUUGUGCUGCUGGUGGGGGAGAGGGGCGGCACAGUGCGCGUGCUGGUCAUGGCGGACGAGGUGCACCCCAUGUGGGACACUGCCCGCGCGCCCUCUCUUGUCUUCUCUUCCCGUCACGCCACGCUGCAAUCGGUUGCCAUGACCGCCCGCUCACAACCGCUGCCCGUGCCGUCCCCGGGUGCUGCUGGUGCUGCUGGUGCUGGUGAUAGUGCAGGGGAGGGAGGGACAGACGGUGCUGUGGUGUGGGCGGGCCGUCCUCCCCCGCUGCUGCUCUUCGGCCGUGUCGACCUCUCACUGCCCUCUUCCCCACACCCCUCCGCAUCCAAAGCACCUCCACCAUCGUCCAAAUCACACCCGUCCAAAUCACGGCUCUCAGCAGCAGCAGCUGGAGGAGCAGGAGCAGGAGCAGGAGCAGGACAACGCUCAUCGCCGUUGCAUCUGCCGCGCAUUGACCUGCAUGUGGAUGCGCGCGUGCCUGACUUUGUGCUGUGUGCGCAUGCAUGGGGCGUGGAUGCCGUGCUGCUGCGCUGGCUGCCCUUCUCAGACCACCACGACGCUCUCUCCGCCCGCCACAAGGCCCUCCCCUCUGUUGAAGUCUACAGCAUCUACUCUUCCUCUUCCUCCUCCUCCUCUUCUUCUUCCACCUCUGCCUCCUCGUUGUCGUCCUCUUCCCACUUCUCCUCUUCCCGUCCCUCCUCUUCUCUUCCCUCCUCCUCCGCCUCUUCGCCUCCUGCUGCUUCUCCUGCCACACCUGCUGCUGGUGUUCCCUGUAUCGGCCUAGCAGUGCUAUCACGCAGCAGUAGGGGGCACACCGGAGCAGCAGAGAGGGGCGGGGGUGGGGAGGAGCGAGUGGUGGUGACAGUGGACGCACGAGGGGGGUGUGCUGUGCUGAGAGUGCGGCGGCCGGGGAUAGCCCUGGUGGAAGGAGUGGAUGGAGCUGGGGAGGAGGAGGAGGAAGGCGAGGGGAGGAGUGUGGAGGAAGAGGAGGAGAUGGCAGGGCGGGGAGUGAGUGAGAGGGUGCUGCGAGGUCCCACUACCUCUGCCUCGCAGGUGCUACAGCAGGUGCCAGCAGCGGUGCGCAAGGCACAAGCAUCAUCCAUGGAGGGAAAGGCCAUGCUGCACUCGUGUGCCAAGGCGCUGCAUGCAUCUCAUGUCGCCUACGCUCAUGCCGCGUAUGUGGAGGUGCGGGCGCACGAGCAGUGGGUGCAGCAGCAGGUGGAGCAGCAGAGGGCGCGGGCAGAGCGGCUGCAGCGCAUAGCAGAGGUGGAGGGGGACGUGUGUACGGGGCUGGCAGCACGCGUCCAGGAGCGCCUGCGCAUCAACCAGCGCCUCAUGCACCGCGUUGAGAAGGCCCGCGCCAGGGCUGGGUGGGGCCGGCACACGCUCUCUGUCGCUGAGCGCCAGCUCAAAGGGGAAUUGGACGCGUUGCAGCAUCACGAGCUGCCGCUGCUGCUAGACUCUGCCGCCCACCUGCAGUCGCGCUGGGAGCACAUAGCUGAAGCGGACAGCAGCACCAGCAGCAGCACGAGCAGCGACAAGCAAAGCCCUGCUAAACCCGAUCCGUACAGCAAUGGCCGCGAACCCUCGGAUGGAGCCACUGCUGCUGGUGCUGCUGCAACUGGCACCGCUGCUGUCCCUGGUACUGCUGCUGCUAAGGUUGCUGUGUCUCCGCAGCGGCGAGGCCUGGACGGGCAUCAGGCAGUGAGGGUGCGGCGGGCGCUGGGGCAGCUGAGUGACACGGUGCAGCAGCUGGCGGACAUGGUGCGGGAGGUGGAUGCGGAGCUGCUUAGACUAGACAUGCAAGGGCUGCACUGCAACGGUGGUGCCCUGAGUGACAUGGUGCAGCAGCUGGCGGACAUGGUGCGGGAGGUGGAUGCGGAGCUGCUUAGACUCGACAUGCAAGGGCUGCACUGCACUGGUGGUGCUGUGUGA